AUGAACGGAAGCUCUCUCUGUGCCUCAUCUGGGAAUUCUUCCGGCAUUAUGUCAGCCCCAAGCGCUCCUGGUUUCUCUUCUGUCCACUUAGUCUCUUCUUGCUCAGUUUCUCCACUGAUAGCAGGGCAAUCAUCCCAUAUGCAGCCACAAAAACAGUUGCAACAACAGCAUUCCAUGUCUCGUGCCUCACUUGCCGCACCUUCGUCUCCAAGUCUGAUCGACGCUCUUUCUUCGGGCGCUAUAGAGCCAGAGCGACAGAGGUUGAAGGAGAUUUUGGCCAAUACAGUUCAUCAACGACAAACAAAUGUUCAACAACAUCAGCCAAAUUUGUGCUCUUCUCACCCGCAAUACUGCGUCACAACAUGCACUGAUAUAUCUCCUAUACCUGUUUGCUCUUUGUCUCGAUCUCCGAGUCUCCCAUCAGUGGCUUCAACUGCUCUUUUGCGUCAACAGGCCUCACCAGCUUCCCCAUCAUCUGGAUGUGCUCAUAUCUCAGGUGCAUGCUCACCUGCUCCCUCACCUGCAAAUUCGACUUGCGUUUGCCCUGGAAAUGGGCCACUCACUAUAUUUGGAACCGGAGUACUUGAUAGCCCUAUAUCGUCUUCAAAUUCGGCCAUAUCAUCUCCACCGAUUCUCAUGUCGGAUCGUCGAAUGUCACACAUUGCAGCACCACUCACAUCUAUUCAAUCACCUAACUCAACACCAAUGUCAAUACCAACACCGAAUCCUGUUCCCAGUCCAGUCUCAACGCCACUACCUGGUUCCUGCCAUGCUACGAGUACGCAAACACAAGUUACGCUUAGUGGUGGAGCUUCGAAUUCACUUUUGGCCUCACCUACUUUGGCAAUCGACACUGAGAAUGUAUUUAAUCCUCGAUCUCCCAAUUCUGGCUAUCAGCAUCAAUUAAGGUUUAGGCACCAGCCUAUUUAUGCGACAGCUCAGGCUUCACCUUUACCAAUAGUCCAGCCUAAUAUUGUUAUUCGACCAACAAUACAUCCUAAUGCUCCACCUCUAUCUCAGCAUCAAAUCCAACAGAUGGCUCCUCGAACCCUAGCACCUUCUCAUACUGGUCUCCAAAAUAAUUAUAUGAAGGUUAUAUUUCUAUAUGUUUCUCAUUGCAAUGCUUGA